AUGAUUACACCAAUACCUGAAGUUACCUUAGAAGCAAUAGAAGAUCCUGUUAUAAGUCCUGUCAUUGUAAAAGAAGACCCAGUAAAGGAAGAACUCAUCUGUCAGCCAGCAUCUAGCAAGGAUGUGAUGGAAAGUAUCUCCAAGGAAAUUGUCAUUCAGAAAAUAGACACAGUAAGUAAUGAAGAUGCUGAUAAGCUGAAUCAGCCAAAAGAAAACUCAUUAAACGGAAUGGCCUAUACUGCUGUGAAUAUUGCUCCAAAACCUUCAAGAAGGCCCAUAAGCUCAGUAUUCAUAGAAGAAGUCACACAGGAGAAAAGCCACACUCAUGUGAGUCCUGUGGAGAUAAAGAUUGAAAAUGAGGAAAUUGAAGAUCAGUUUGAGACACAGUGUGCCAAAAAAGUGGAAGAAAAGAUAUACUCCUGUGAAAUAUGUGGCCAUACAUUUAAAAAGGUGUACAACCUUCAGUCUCAUAUGGAGAUACAUAGUGACAGAACACUUUUUGAAUGCAGUGUAUGUAAUAAGCAGUUCAAAGUUAAAAAGAAUUAUGAAGCUCAUCUUCUGAAUCAUGAAGAAACAACUUCAGGCCUGAUGGAAAAGGCAGCAGAAAAUACAAAUCUUGAGAAAGCUAGAAAUCAGCGUGCUCAAUGCACAGUCUGUGGGAAGUGGGUUGUGUCACAGAGCAGCCUAGAGACCCACAUGAGAUCACAUACUGGUGAGCGUCCCUUCAAAUGUGACAGAUGCAAUAAUGCAUUUAUGCGAAAAGGUGACAUGUUACGCCACAUGAAGUCUCAUACUGGUGAAAAACCAUACGUGUGUCAUUACUGCUCUGCGACUUUCUCAAGAAAGGACAAACUUGCAUUCCACAUCAAGAGGCAUGAUGAAUCAAAUGAGACAAGUGUAUAA